AGCAAGGUAGCAAAACAACUUCUAACGCCGAGCGAAGUCAAAUUAAUCAAAGGUACUUUGAAAAAAACGAAAAAUAUGCCGCCGGUGAGAAAACCCGGUCGAAUUAUCCGUCCAGCGUCGGCGACGGCCAAAUUGGAAUCGUAUAUCCCACCUAGCGUCUUGGACGAUGUGAGGCCAGCGACCGCCGCAGCCGGGUUAUUUACCGGCGAAGGACAAUCAACAUCAUCGUCGAGAGGGGCACAGGGAUCCUCCUUAACCAGACCGGGGACACAGUCCGCUUGGGCGUCAAGAUCGAGGGAUGAUAUUCCAAAACCCGACGAACAGCCACGGCGACUGACCCUUAGCUGUGUUGAUGGUUUAGCCGAACGACCGGAAACAGCGGCAGCACGGGCCAGAUUGGCAACACCUGGGGGUUCUUUUGGGUACAAGAUUGAAGAGAAAAUAAAUCUUGAACAUCUUCACAGUUUAAAGAAAUAUUUUGAGGCUGCUGAUACAACAGGAAGUGGAACACUGUCUUUAGAAACAUUUAAAGAGGUCAUACGGAGUUCACUUGGUCUCAAAAAGAGUGAUGAACAGAUUACUGCAUUGUUUAUGAAAAUAGAUUCACUUUCAGAAGGUAGAAUAGCUUGGGAUGAAUUCUGUACGUACAUGCAGUUGGAAUAUGCCGAAAAAGAAGACUCUUAUCUACGACAGAAACAAGUGUCUUUUCAACUUCCAGCAACUAUUGAAAGCACACCACAUAGAGAAACCAUACUUAGAAUAAAUAACAUGUCAGAUGGUAUAUUUGUAGCUGUUAGUCAGGAUGGCACAAUAUCAUUUUGGAAUAGCCAAUUAGAACUGAAGAGGACACGAACUCUUAUGGCAGAGCAGAAUGUGACACGACAGAAACCCAAAUGGAUAACAGACAUGGUCCUAAUGCAGCAAUAUAAUAAAAUCAUUCUGGGAACAGGUGACCGCGAAAUUCAGUUUUAUGAAUCUUCUACCUUUGAGCCAUAUUGUCAGGUGAGCGGAUUGGAAACAGUGCCGCUGAAGUUAGCUUACAAUCCUACUGGCUAUGACGAAUGUCUAAUAAUGUAUGGUGAUGUUGAUGGCUGUAUAAAUAUAAUUGUAGUUUAUGCCACUGGUGAAACACUAAGGACUUGGAAGAAGAUGCCAAAAACUGAUGGGAUUGCAAGCGUAACUUUAGAAAAAGUUGCACAUAAUAUGAAUGGAUUGACCAAGUUUAUCCGAUGGAAAGUACAUGAGGAUUGGGUUUUAGAAUUACGAUACUUUGAAGAAAUCAGAUCAAUAAUAUCAUGCUCUAAUCACGAAAACACUGCCUUAGUCAUAGGAAGUACCAUGGGAAGCACACAUGUUGACUCUCAGCUCAAAGAAAUAAAGGAAUCUUUAAAUGAAAGAAAUAAUGAAAGAAAAGGAAUAAAACUAAACCAGUCAAGUUAUAUCCAGACACGUAGACGUAUGGAAUCAGAUCAGACUGUGUUUAAAGUGUAUAAAGGAGUUAAGACAUUUGAUUACUCUAAAGAUAAAAAUAUUAUCGUGACUGGCGGUAUGGAUAGGAUUGUACGUAUAUGGAAUCCAUAUGUACCAAGGUUAGUUAUAGUCUUUAAAUUGUCAGUGUGGGAUAUUAAAGACCAAACUUGUAUGUUAACAAUCCGACCUAAAUCACAUAAAAUACGAGGUGACAUCCAGGCCUGUCAUUACAAUAGAGUAUCACGAAGUCUUGCAAUUGCCACAGAUUUAAUGGCUCUAUUGUCACAAAGAGUCAAACCCCAGCAACAUGCAGAUAUUGUAAUAACUCAUAAAGAACCAGUGCAGUGCUGUAAAUACAAUCCUAGUUUCAAACAAGUCGUCACAUGUUCCGAAGGAUCAGCGGUGAAGUUAUGGGAGUUUGAGACUGGUAAACCAGUAUUUGAAUUCUCUCAAGCACAUGGUGAUAGUGCUAUCACUGCAAUGAUUUUUGACAACACUGGAAGAAGACUAAUCACUGGAGGAAGAGAUGGAAAACUAAAAAUAUGGAAUUAUAAUAAUGGACACUGCCUUAAAACACUAGAAAAAGAAAAUAGUAAUGAAGAAGUUACAAGUGUGACUUAUGUUGAGAUGAAUCGUAAUCGAUACAUUGUAUCAGUUGGUUGGGACAGAAGAAUUAACAUAUUUACUGACACCAGUGAAGACUUCCAUCAUGUACAGAAACCAUUAGCAAAAUGGACAGAUGAUUUGCAAAAUGGUCACAAAGAAGACAUUUUAUCUGUAGCAUCAUGUGAGCCAAAUCUACUGGCUACGUCAAGUUAUGACGGUGAAGUUAUCGUAUGGAAUAUGAUAUCAGGUCAUAUAUAUUGUCACUUGCUUUCAAGACAACCUGUGGAUUAUAAUCACACAUCAUUGGAUGGUGAUAAUAGUAUUUGUAAAUUAAUAUUUCUUGAACCCAGGGUCAAUAAUAAGCAAUGUGCACAAUUAGUAGCGAGUGGACCACGUGGUUGUAUUCACUUUUGGAAUAUCUAUCAUGGUGGUACACUUUAUUCUCAGUUUCAUAGUUGUCGUGAUGGUAAAGCCUCAGUAAGUGCAAUGGCUGUCAAUAAAGACUGUACAAUGCUGUUUAUGGCGGAUACUAUUGGUAUGUUAAUUAUCUUAAAUCAACUAAUCAAUGUACAAUAA